AUGGAGACCCAAGUAGGGGACCAGCCUUUGCAUCAACCGGCCACACAAACCGACUUCGAAGCUAUCAAAAUGCAGGACACCUAUGACGCACUGACCCUCGAAAACCAGGUCAAGUGUCCAAUCCUUCGCUUGCCCGGAGAAAUUCGAAACAAAGUUUACGGAUACGUCUUCGAUGACGUGAAGAUCAAACCGGGACCUUGGUACCAGAACCCUGUAACCAAAAAAUACAGCAAGGACCUCUACGGCUCAUAUGGACUAGAGCUCGAGCAACGUUCCAAGUUCUUCAGAAACAAGCAUCUGUGGUACCCUCGAGAGCGGUUGUCACUGCUGCAGACCUGCCGUCAAAUCAACGCUGAGGCCAAGCUCUUCCCUUUCGCCGCAGGCACACUCCAAGGUGACGACUACUUUAUCAACGAUGUCAUCUGGCGCGUGCCCUCGAAGGCUCAAGCCAAUGCUAUUACGACCGUAGAAUUGGUGCGCCACUACCAGAGGAGGGCCUACCAGAGACAAGCUUACGUUCGUUUGCUCUAUGAUAGCGGGAUGAUGGACCAGGCUCUGCGGAAGCUGGGUGAGCUUCGUGGAGUAAAGAAGCUAGUAUUCUGCUCAUUACUUGAAGACAUCGAGACUGAACGUUUGGACCAUCACCGUGACCAGUGUUUCUUGCUGGUGGGUGAGGUGCUCUCAAAGACGUCUCGGGGUGCAGAGAUUGAAGUUGCUAUAACUCACUAG